AUAAUCGCGACUUCGAAAACUCUUCUCUUCCGGGAAAACAAAAACAACGAAGCCAUCUAAACAAACAUGGCGGAUGAAAAAGAAAGCGAAAUAAUGAACAGAUUAGAUAGCCUGAAAGAAUUACGAUCCAGAGUUAUUCAACUUGAAAAGGUAAAAUCAAAGCUAAAACAAGAUGUCGACAUUACUGAAAACGAAGAAAAAUAUCUUCAUGAAUACAAGCAAGAAAUGGAAUUACUUUUACAAGAAAAGAUGGCACAUGUCGAAGAAUUACGUCUAAUCCAUGCUGAUAUUAAUCUUAUGGAAGCCACCAUUAAGCAAGCGGAAGAAGAAAGGAAUAGAGCUUUGGAAAGUGCCAAAAAAUUGUAUGAGGAAUAUAAACCUUUGAAAGAUGAAGUGGAUGCUAUGAGAUCUAAUGUUGGGUUAGAUAGAUUACCUGAUCUUCAGGAAGAAGAACAAAAAUUAAACUCUGACAGGUUUUUUGAGAAACAGAAUAGCGAUUGGCAGCAGGAACCCCCAGAACCUCCUCUCCCUCAAACUCUACAAGUAGCCGCAGCAGCAGCACAAAAUAUUCAGGUUCCUAGAUCUAAAACUGAACGUCAAGCAUUCCGUCAACAACCCCCUCCCAUGAAAGCAUGUCUGUCUUGUCAUCAACAAAUUCAUCGUAAUGCUCCAAUAUGUCCAUUAUGUAAAGCUAAAAGUCGAUCACGCAAUCCAAAGAAACCAAAGAGAAAGUUAGAUGAAUAAGAUUGAAGUGUAUUAGGUGUUAGUGAGAUAUGUCAUCAUUAGAUAUAUGUGUCAAGAUUAAACAUGACUUUGUUAUCUUUAUAAAGAAUGCAUAUUGUGAGUGUGUGUAAUGACUUUUCUAUCUUUUCCAUGUAAGUCAAUUCAUAUGUUUAAUGUUUUUUUUCAUCAUUUCUUUGUACAUAAAUGUAUAUUUACAUGUACACAUUUUAGAACAUUUUUUUCAUCGAGUAUACAAGUUCGUUUUUGGUUUGGUACUCAUCAAGUUGUAUCCAUUUAUAUGUUUAUUUACAUCAUAAUUUAGCAAGUAUUAGUAUUACUGUAUUAGUAUUAGUGAUAGAGUCUAUGUUAUAUUAUUGCAUUUAGAAUUAUAUAAUAAACAAAAUAAAUAGUCACAA